AGGGAAAGAAAGGAUGACCCGGGUGGGCGCCUCCACGUGACCACCCACUAUGGCUUCCCUGUGUCAGGGCCAGCUGUGGAGUGGCUCGGUGUGAUUUGUUAGCUCUUUGAGGCAGGGUACCCUUCUAAGGAUUUCGACAUGCAAAAAAUCAAAUCGCUCAUGACCCGACAGGGUCUGAAAAGCCCUCAAGAAAGCCUCAGUGAUCUUGGUGCCAUAGAGAGUCUCCGGGUCCCUGGAAAGGAAGAAUUCAGGGAACUUCGAGAACAGCCAAGUGACCCUCAAGCUGAACAAGAGCUUAUUAAUAGUAUUGAACAAGUGUAUUUUUCUGCGGAUUCAUUUGAUAUUGUUAAAUAUGAGCUGGAGAAGCUUCCACCUGUUCUCAAUUUGCAAGAAUUAGAAGAGUACAGAGACAAAUUGAAACAACAGCAAGCUGCAGUAUCUAAAAAAGUAGCAGAUUUAAUCCUUGAAAAACAGCCUGCUUAUGUAAAGGAACUUGAAAGAGUUACCUCAUUGCAGACAGGUCUUCAAUUAGCUGCUGUUAUCUGUACAAAUGGGAGAAGACACUUGAAUAUUGCAAAAGAAGGUUUUACUCAAGCUAGUUUAGGACUUCUUGCAAAUCAAAGGAAACGUCAGUUGCUGAUUGGACUUCUGAAAUCUCUGAGAACUAUAAAAACAUUGCAAAGAACAGAUGUACGCUUAAGUGAAAUGCUGGAGGAAGAAGACUAUCCAGGAGCUAUUCAAUUGUGCCUUGAAUGUCAGAAAGCUGCCAGCACUUUUAAACAUUACAGUUGUAUAAGUGAACUGAAUUCAAAGCUGCAAGAUACCUUGGAACAGAUUGAGGAACAGUUGGAUGUAGCUCUUUCCAAAAUCUGCAAGAAUUUUGACAUUAACCAUUAUACCAAGGUUCAACAAGCUUAUCGACUUCUUGGGAAAACACAGACAGCAAUGGAUCAACUUCAUAUGCACUUCACCCAAGCCAUUCACAACACCGUGUUUCAAGUUGUUCUUGGAUAUGUGGAACUGUGUGCAGGAAACACAGACACAAAAUUCCAAAAGCUGCAAUAUAAGGAUCUCUGUACACAUGUUACACCAGACAGCUAUAUUCCAUGCCUUGCAGACCUGUGCAAAGCACUGUGGGAAGUUAUGCUCAGCUAUUACAGGACUAUGGAAUGGCACGAAAAGCAUGACAAUGAGGAUAGUGCUUCCGCUUCAGAAGGGAGUAACAUGAUAGGUACUGAAGAAACUAAUUUUGAUCGUGGCUACAUAAAAAAGAAAUUAGAACAUGGACUUUCACGAAUAUGGCAGGAUGUUCAGCUAAAAGUAAAAACCUACUUGCUUGGAACUGAUUUGUCUAUAUUCAAAUAUGAUGAUUUCAUCUUUGUUUUGGAUAUAAUCAGCAGGUUGAUGCAAGUUGGAGAAGAAUUUUGUGGUAGCAAGUCUGAAGUUUUACAGGAGUCUAUUAGAAAACAAAGUGUCAAUUAUUUCAAGAAUUACCAUAGAACACGGCUUGAUGAACUGAGAAUGUUCCUAGAGAAUGAGACUUGGGAACUUUGUCCUGUUAAGUCAAAUUUCAGCAUCUUGCAACUUCAUGAAUUUAAAUUCAUGGAACAGUCUCGUUCCCCAUCAGUUUCACCUAGUAAGCAGCCAGUCUCAAAUUCUUCAAAAGCAGUGACCUUGUUUGAGCAGUACUGUAGUGGUGGGAAUCCGUUUGAAAUUCAGGCUAACCACAAAGAUGAAGAAACAGAAGAUGUCUUGGCUUCUAAUGGGUAUGAAUCUGAUGAACAAGAAAAGAGUGCCUAUCAAGAGUAUGACAGUGACAGUGAUGUUCCUGAGGAACUCAAACGAGACUAUGUGGAUGAGCAGACAGGAGAUGCUCCUGUGAAAAGUGUUUCUCGAGAAACUCUAAAAAGCAGGAAGAAAUCAGAUUACAGUCUAAAUAAAGUGAAUGCACCUAUUUUAACAAAUACAACGUUGAAUGUAAUAAGACUUGUUGGGAAAUAUAUGCAGAUGAUGAACAUUCUUAAGCCAAUUGCCUUUGAUGUUAUUCAUUUCAUGUCUCAACUAUUUGAUUAUUACUUGUAUGCAAUAUAUACCUUUUUUGGUCGGAAUGAUUCAUUGGAAUCAACAGGACUCGGCCUUAGUAGUAGUAGACUACGAACAACUCUAAACAGAAUACAGGAAAGCCUUAUUGAUCUAGAAGUUUCAGCUGAUCCUACUGCCACGCUCACAGCAGCAGAAGAAAGAAAGGAGAAGGUGCCAAGUCCACACCUUAGUCACUUAGUGGUUUUGACAUCUGGGGAUACACUGUAUGGGUUGGCAGAAAGAGUGGUAGCCACGGAAUCCUUGGUAUUCUUGGCUGAACAGUUUGAGUUCCUUCAGCCACAUCUGGAUGCUGUGAUGCCUGCAGUCAAAAAGCCCUUUCUUCAGCAGUUUUAUUCUCAGACAGUCUCAACUGCCAGUGAACUACGCAAACCAAUUUACUGGAUUGUAGCUGGUAAAGCCAUUGAUUAUGAACAGAUGCUGCUCCUAAUGGCUAAUGUGAAAUGGGAUGUAAAAGAAAUUAUGUCACAGCACAACGUAUAUGUAGAUGCACUGUUAAAGGAAUUUGAGCAGUUUAACAGGAGGCUAAAUGAAGUUUCUAAGAGAGUUCGAAUACCCUUGCCUGUGUCUAAUAUACUUUGGGAACACUGUAUACGAUUGGCUAAUAGAACUAUUGUAGAAGGAUAUGCCAAUGUCAAGAAGUGCAGUAAUGAGGGUCGUGCCUUGAUGCAAUUGGAUUUUCAACAGUUUUUAAUGAAACUUGAAAAACUAACAGAUAUUAGACCCAUUCCUGAUAAAGAAUUUGUGGAGACUUAUAUUAAAGCCUACUACCUAACUGAGAAUGACAUGGAACGCUGGAUCAAAGAGCACAGGGAAUAUUCAACGAAGCAGCUGACCAAUCUGGUGAAUGUUUGCCUGGGAUCCCAUAUCAAUAAGAAAGCAAGACAAAAACUUCUAGCAGCUAUAGAUGAUAUAGACAGACCUAAAAGAUAAUGAACACAGCUCUUUUUCCUCAAUGGCAUUGAUCCUCUCUCAAAAUAUACGACCUGAAAGCCAGUUUUUUAUGCACUUCUGAUAACUAUCUGCUAAGAAGACUUUGUGCAUGGUUUAUUCGACUGGAAAGUGGAAAACAUUGAAAUGUGUGUGAUGUUCUCUUGACUUUUAUAUGCUGUGGUCUCUUCAACUUUUGGUCUCAUUUGUUGUAAUCUGAAAUGAUACUGUUGCCUUGUUAUAACAAUGGUUAUGUGACUACAGAUAGACAUUUACAGAAGAAUGUACCAUAAGUAUAUAAUUAGAAGAACAGUGGCUUAAUAUAUCUAUGGGAAGUUUAUGGAGAAUGAAGUUGGCAUUUUUCUACCCACUGAGCUUGGUUCUUAAUAAGCAUAUGAGGGUGAAUGUGUAGUAUCUCCUAAUUAUGAGGACUGCAUGAGAAUUUAAAAGUACAUGUAAGUAAAAUAGUUGAAAAAUCAGUAUGUUCUCUGUUUUUAAAAUGUCAAAGUUUAUGUCAGGGUUAAUUUAGUUAUAACAAAGUCAUCAUAAAUGAUGAAAUUUAAUAAAUAUAGUAUGAUCAGCCUA